AUGGCCGCCGUUUCAGCUCCCACUCCUAAGCUGGAUCGCUACAUUGUCAUCCACGUUGCUACCACUUGCGAUGAACAUGGCGUCUACGUCACCAAGGAUUCCGCCGAAGUGAUUGAGUUGGGGUGGAUCUUGUUGGAUACCAAAACCUGCGAGGAGUUGCACCAUGAGAGCGUGCUCGUCAAGCCCGUCAACACUCCCAUCACGCCUCUCUGUACGAGCCUGACAACUUUAACAUGGGAGCAUGUUCGCUCCGCAGGUACCUUCCGCGAUGCCAUCAGCCGGUUCGACGCUUUCGCCCAGGAACACCUCAUCAACAAGAACCUCGAAUUCGCUUUCGUGACAUUGGAUUCGUGGGAUCUUCGUGUCCAGCUGCCUCGCGAGGCCCGUGACAAGGCCGUCGUGCUGCCCGCAUACCUCCAGCACUCACGGACAUUCGACCUUCGGACCGAGUACCAGCGAUGGCAGACUCACCACCCGGAGUCGCUGCCUUUCGGACCCAGCUCGCUCUCCAACAUCUGCGCCGCUCUCGAAGUCGAACCCGUGCAAUCCUCCGCCCCCAUUAAGCAUAACCUCCCAUUCCACUUGCAGGCCUUGGCUCCCGCAUCGCCGCGGCGAGCCAUGGAGGAAGCCAUCACGCUGGCCCGGGUGCUCCGUGGCUUGAUUCGGAAGUCCCAGCCCCCGCAUGAACACCCGGAGAUCUUGACCCGCCCCAUGGAUGCCAGAGCCGAUGUGCGUGCUUUCUUGACGGAGCGCAGCAAGGUGCUUCAUUUGAGCGGUCUGCCCCACGAUACCACGCAGUCGGAGCUCGAGAGUUGGUUCACCCAGUUCGGUGGACGUCCCAUCGCCUUCUGGACUCUCCGCACCCCUGACCAGCACAAGCCUACUGGCACUGGAUUCGCGGUCUUCUCAUCUCACGAAGAGGCUGCCGAAAGUCUGUGCAUGAACGGCCGUGCUCUCAACGAAAAGGCCAUCGAGGUCUCCCCCUCCUCGAGCCGUGUCCUUGACCGUGCUGCCGAGAUCUUGACGCCCUUCCCUCCUUCGAAGAACCGCCCCCGUCCUGGCGACUGGACCUGCCCCUCAUGCGGUUUCUCCAACUUCCAGCGCCGUACCGCCUGCUUCCGCUGCUCUUUCCCCGCCAUGGCGGCUGCCCCUGAUCCGAUGGGCUACGGGGCUUACGGCUACGCUCCUCCUUCCAUGAUGCCUCCCCACAUGGGUCAUGGUGGCCAUGGUAUGGGCCACUCCCGGGGCAUGGGCGGCAACGGUGGUGUGGUUCCGUUCCGUGCGGGUGACUGGAAGUGUGGCUCGGAGGGCUGUGGAUACCACAACUUCGCCAAGAACAUCAACUGCCUGCGUUGCGGUGCUCCUCGGUCUGGUGCCGCUGUCGUCGCUGACUCGGCUUUCCCCUCUCCCAUGGACCCUCCCACUGGCUUUGCUAUGGGCCCCAACUCCAUGACGAGCACCCCAGCUCCUGGAGGCUUCACCGGCUCGACCGGGGGCUUCGGUGGAUUCAGCCAGCAGUUCGGUGCUCCUCCCAACAACUAUGCCCUGCCUUCGGGCUUGGGUAGCACCCCCGGCGGCUACGCUCCCAUGGGCCAGAUGAAUGCCGGAUACGGUUCCUCGAACACCUCCCACUCCGCGGCUUCCUUCUCCAAUCCUGCCGCGCAGGCUGCUUUCACUGGUGUGGACCACGCCACCUCCACUAGCGCCUCAAACGGUGCCUUCUACGGCAAUGAUGGUGCGAGCGAUCCCUUCGCCUUCCUCUCCACCGGCCUUGGAGGCUUGACUGUGGGCGAGGAUGGUCACUCUCGCCGCAAUGGUGCCGGUGCAAACAAGUCCCCGGCUUAA